GAUCACUGGAGGACUGGAUACAAGGUGUCACUCCAUGGCAACUGGGCUACCUCCAGCAUCAUAACAGAAGUGAGGCAGUGGGUGCACUUCUGCUUCACGUAUGCUUUCCAGACUGGAAACUGGGUCAUAUUUAUGGAUGGGCAAAUCUACACCAAUGGGACUCUUCCGACAACAACUGUGCCACUAAGAGCUAAUGGUGUUUACAUAAUUGGGCAAGAACAGGAUGAACCCGGUGGGGGAUUUCAGCGUGACCAAAGUUACAAUGGUGAAAUCACUCAGCUUAAUUUCUGGUCUAGAGAGUUGAAUAAAGUAACCAUACAAAAGAUGUCAGAAUGUACGCAUCAAGAAGAGGGGGAUGCAUUGCCUUGGACACAUCAAUCCUGGAAAAUAAGUGGUGAUGUCACUUGGGUAACUUACAAACAGAAAGAGAUUUGCAAUCAAAGCAAACGAAGACUUGUAAUAUUUCCAGAUCGUUUUACUAUUGGACGUGCUAUGCAGGUUUGCAAAAUUUUUGGUGGAACUGUGGCAGUCCCAAAAAAUGAAGAAGAGAAUGAAUGGCUAUUUAACUCUUCAAAACGUUAUGCACAAUACUGCUCUGGUGAAAUAGGAGCGUCUUAUUUGUGGCUGGGUGCCGAGGACCAACAAGAGGAAGGGGUGUGGAGAUACUUGCAAAGAAACGAAACACUUCCCUGGCAAGGUAGAUGGCGUGGAGAUCGACCUAAUGGUGGAAAGAUGGAAAACUGUCUCGUAAUGGUGUAUGAAAACCCCUCAGGAGCUUGGUCCGAUAUUGGAUGCCUUGACUCAUAUGAAUUCUGUGUUCCAUGUGAAUUUGAAGAGCUCAAGGUUAUAUAUUUGAAAGGCCCUGCAAUCUGUACCAAGUCACCAUUUAACUUUGAAUAUUACUUGGGAGAGGAAAGAGGUGGCCGUCCAUCCUUCAUUGGUCUAUCUCACUCAGAUAUAUAUUGGGAUACUGAAAUGGAAGCCUGGGUGUUGAAGUCUCUUAAGGUUGAAGCUGUUGCCUGGUGGAAACCACCUGAAGAAGGGAUGUAUCCAUAUGGUACACAACUUUGGACAAUGGGUUCCAAAGUAUGCAACCUGGCAGUUGGAGAAACAGCAAACCUUACUCUUUCUAUUUGUGGCAAAGGCUUAUUCACUUGCAGUGAUGGUACAUGCAUUGACGUGAAUAACCGUUGUGAUCUGAGGGUUGACUGCUCAGAUCAGAGUGAUGAGGCAGGCUGUUCGCUUCUUAGUAUCCCAGAAGGAUACAUGGAAAAUAUUCCGCCACCUCCCAUCACUAAAAAUGAGCCAUUACAUAUACUAUUCACAAUUAACAUCACAUAUUUUCCACAAAUAAAAACAGAUUCCCUUACUUUUGACGUCUUACUGGAACUUACACUACGCUGGAAGGACACCAGGCUUACUUGCCAGAAUUUGAAGGAUGACAGGUCUCUGAAUAUACUCACAGACUCUGUUGUGUCACAGAUAUGGAAACCUAAAGUUUUCUUUAGUAAUGCUCAUGACAAUCUAUAUACUAACGUUGGUGAGGGAUCCCGAACAGAAUGCAUCCGUGACGAAGACUCCGAUGUUCGAACAACAAAUAUAUACAGCCAAGUUAGCAAAUUUUCUGGAAAUGACCACAGUCUGGAAACGAGUCAGUUGUAUAAUGCUACCUACACCUGCAUCUUCGAUCUCCUGAUGUUCCCCUUCGAUCAACAGGUAUGCCAACUACGAUUCACUUUGGUUUCUGCAUCCACUUCCUACGUGAUGCUGGUUCCAAUAAAUGUUUCCUACACUGGACCUCGCAGUCUCAUUGAAUACACCAUCGGUUACGUGACAAAUGAAACAUUCAAUGCAGGACAGUUUUCAAAGGUCGAAAUACAAGUGAGAUUUAGGAGAAGAUAUGGGUUCUAUGCGAUGAACAUCUAUAUACCUACAACAUUAAUCAUUAUCUCUGCUUAUACAACAUUCUUCUACAAUCAAUACGACUUCAACUCGCGUAUAGUAGUUGCUCUAACAGCCUGGGUUGUGCUGUCUUCAUUGUAUUCCCAAACCUCAAAUUCACUGCCUAAGACAUCUUACUUCAAGUGUAUUGAUAUAUGGCUCUUCUUUGCCAUGGUAAUAAUCUUCAUUAUGGUUAUUGUACAAACCCUGAUUGACUAUACUGCCCAAGAAGACUUCUCUGGCAUAAAAGCAUGUCUCUCCAAAACUGCGGAGAAACUAAAGAGAAAGGAACCCAGCAAUAUGGAUUAUGACAGCUUUUCUGAAGAUGAAUCUAGUACAUGCGCGGCGAACAUGCUCAGCUGCUUCAAGCCUGAAGAGAAAGUGGAUGGAAUUCGGGUUAAAGCUGCAGGACUAAAUUGGCCUGGCCACAGACCACCUACAGGAUUUUGGAACGAAUCAAUGAAGUCCUUUCCUAUUCCAAGAACCCCUUCCUAUCGAGUGGGAGAAAACCAUCAAGUCGUGUCUCCAGAGGUUAAUGUAUCUUUAAUGAGUAAAAGUCGAUAUUUCAUUCCAGCUCUCUUCCUUCUCUUCAAUGUUUUAUACUGGGGAGUAGUAAUCAAAUACUUGUAUUCCUUGGAUGAAGAUGAAGAGAAGAGGGCCUGAGGCUUGGCAUACAGUAAUGACACCUACAUAAUCUACUUCAACAUUAUUUCACCUGAUCUGCAUAUAAACCGAGCAUUCACACAUCAUAUCAACUAACAACUUAUGAUAGAAUGACUUGCCUAACACUUCAUCAGAACUUCCCAGUCACACACAAGAUUAAUCAAAGGCUUCAAAUCACCCUUAACAGGCAGCCACCAACUUCACACGUUACAUAAAAUCCUUCACUCAUGUAAAUUGUCUGCCCUGGCAUGCAUUCCCUGAGAAGCACUUCUUUUCAGUGCGUCAUUUUUUGUCACUGAAUUUGAAUACAUUUGUUCAGUAGAUUCUUUCUGCAGUGACAGAAGACGAAUAUUAUCUUCAGGAAGAGAUAUCUAUGUAAUACCAGUGUACUACUGGAACUGUUUGACGAAGUCUUCUCUAUUACUGUGCUUAAUGUAUUCGCUUUUAAGAAUUUAACCAUAACACUAAAUAAGCGAGAGGCCUGUAAAGCUAAACUUAAGGGGACCGUCCGCUAUGGCGGAUGACAUGUCAACUUGAAAAAAUAAAAAAUCGAGUUAUUACUUGUAUCUAUGCAGAAACAUGCCGUGCAUGCUUUCCAAAAGUUUCAGCCAAUUAUUUUUACAAAUAACGAAGAUAUAGCGGUUAUUAAAUGAUGACGUCAUCGUAACUGCGUCGUCUGUAUGACAGCGAUUUUUUCAAUUUUUUUUCGAAAUUCUCAUACAUCUGGUAGCAAUGAAACGUAGUGUGAGAGGUCAGCUGCUGAGAGCGGUUAUUUAUAGGUCAGAGAAUGACUCGGUUACGCAACAGACGUCAAAGUAGUUGUAGGCACUUACGCACUUGCGUUUGGUUACUAGCUAUUUACGUUGUUUUUAUAACUUCUUAGUGAACUUAUAGCAAUGCUGAAGUUACCUAAGAUCAAGAAGGCUACCCAGCAACUAAGGCUAGCAAAAUUAGCGAAGGCCAGCAGUGUGCUGAAAGAAAAACACAAAAAUUCAUUGUUAUCAGCUCCCCUCAUUGUCUCAUGACACGCUGUCAACUUCAUUGUCUCGUGUCACGCUUAGGGUAUUAAUACCACUUUUAGGGGGAGGACCAGGAUCCUUGAUGUAGAAAUCAACAAUAAAAGUACAAAUAAAGUAAUUAUAAUAAUGUUGUUUUGACUUUUAUAAGAAAAAAGCGAAAAUUUACAUAGCAAAUCUUUGGGAGCUCAUAACUCAAAAACAUACUUAUUCGCAUGUUGGUAGCCAUUACUCAGCUAUUUAUUAUCCAAUUUUAGAGAAAAAGAUAUUGGAAAGAGGAAUAAAAAUCCCAUAAUUCCUUGUGAGCCAAUUUUUUCUUUCUUUCUUUUUUAUUACGAUUAUUUUGAGUGUCUAGACAAAAAAAAAAUUAAAUAAAAAAAAAAAAAAUUCUGUUCACACAGGAUUAUUCCGUAUAUAAAGUAGUUUUUAUGGUAUGAUUUUCAAUACAACUGAGAAAUCGCUACCUA